AUGGCAAAAAAUGGCAAAGAUUUGCGAAAAAAUGGCGAAUAUUUGCGAAAAAUGGCAAAAAUUCGCGAAAAAUGGCAAAAGACGGCAAAAAAAAAAUGUAAAAAAUGCAAAAAAUUGUCGAAAAUUGGCAAAAAAAAGCUAAGGUGGCGAAUAUUUUGGCAAAAUGGCGAAAAUUUUGCGAAAAUGGCAAAAAAAAUUCCCUCAAAAAUUCAGACUGUAAAAAUGAAAUCAAUCUUAUAA